UCUCUAUGUUUCAAUGAAACUGUUAAAGUUAUAUAAAACCUUAUCUGCCUUAAAGUUACUUGAAACGUAGACAUAGUUGGAAAGUAAACAUACCAGAAGCAAAAAUCAUGCAAAAACUAUCAUUUAUCGUGUUCAUUAUUUUGAUAAACAAUAUGAUUGUUACGUCAGACGCGCGAUCUAUAGAAAACAAAACAAACACUGAGUAUAACACUGAUCUUUCAAAAAUAUCCGUUUGCAUUAAUGAAUACGAAUGGACGUGUCCGGAAUCUUCAAAGUGCGUUUCAAAAAACGAUUGCAGUUCGUACGAAGAAUGCACUUUACUCAACUGUGUUGUUCCUCCGGAACCAGCAAACAUAAAAGUUAGUAACAUCACAUACACCAGUGCAACAAUCACAUGGAACAAGGAUUCGCACGUUUUAGAAUACAAAAUUAUUUGCGAUUCAAACAUAUUUGGUACAAUGCAAUAUUCAACUUCGGAAGGGUCUCUAACAAUAACCGAGCUGCAGCAAGAUACAGAAUAUGUUUUUACAAUUUAUUCCGUAAACAGGGUUGGGUUGAGCGAUCCAAUUCUGCUAAGUAUAAUAACAAAAAAAAGUGAUCCCCCUACAAAUGUGAACAACAUGUUAGUAAGUGAAGACACAAUAGAAAACCAUCUACAGCUUAAGGUUAAAUGGGAUCCUCCAGCAGAACAGCCUCAGGAUAUUAUGUUAAAAUAUCAAAUUGAAUGCUGCAUCUACAAUGAAUCCCUUACACCAUUAUGUGCAACUGCGAUGUCUAUAAACACAACUUUUUUAAUUAAUUAUGUUCUAAAACCUUUACAUUAUGCGACAAUCAGUGUUACUCCCUUAAAUGAACUUGGACAGUUUGGACCAACUACAGUAACAUUUUAUCGUCCUAGGAGUUACGAUAUAUCAAACGCAGCUGGCCACAGUCAAAUAGGUAUUGGCGGGUUUUGCUUUAUUAUCGCAAUUAAUUUAGUUUGGUCAAUUUGUAAAGAAGUUUGAUUGAGAAUUUAGCUUUUUAAAGGCAACUUUAGUCUGUUUAAAGAUUUAUAAGAAACUGUGUUUCUAUUGAUGUACUUCUGACAGCUUCACCUCAAAUACGAACAAGUUUGUGAUUCACGCGUGGUUGGUUGAUUAUGUACUACAAUUAGACACUUUCAAUUUUGUAAUAAGAUAUAUUUUUGUGUUUAACAUUUUUUACCAGUUAUAUAUUCUGUUGGUUCUACUGAUAGUAAAUAUAACUAUUUUAAUAGUAUAUAUAAAUAUUUUGGUCUA